AUGGAAAAUCCGUACGAACAGGUGCAUCAGAAUAUUCUGGGCCGGAUAGUCAACAAUGUGGAACGUUUGAACGAGAGUAUUGUGACGUUGAACCAGGAAUUACAAUAUAUUAAUGCUCGAAACACGAAUUUACAACUGAUGGGCCAAAUGUGCGAAAACUACCACAAGAGCGUACAGUUCAAUCUGGACGCUACAAAUCACAAGCGAGAACCCCUGUGA